AUGACUGAUAAUCACUUAGCUGCUACAGCAAAAUCAAAACAAUUGUGCUGGUUUUGUGGAAACAUAAGACAUCCACGUACUAAAUGUCCUGCUCGCGAAGCUAUCUGUCACAAAUGUAAAAAGAUUGGUUAUUUUGAAAAACUUUGCAGAUCAUCUAAUGUUUCUGCUGCUAUUCCUAAAAUUGAUGAUGAUUACUUCUGUGCCACCAUAUCAGCUUCAGCAAACUCUCUAUUCAGAGUUUGUCAUUACAUCAUUAUUAAUGAUAGAUAUAAAGCAGAAGCAUUAAUUGAUAGUGGAAGUACAAACAAAAGUUUUAUAAGCAACAAACUAGUGACUCUACUCCAUUUAAAUAUUAUUUAUGAACAGAGUGUAAUUGGAAUGGCAUCAGCUGCCUUAUCUGCAAAAUCAGAUGGAUAUUGUUAUGUCUCAAUAACUCUUCAAAACAAAAUCUAUAACAAAGUCAUUAUUUGCUAA